CGUUACCGUGCUCGUUGCUUAUGACCAUUUCUGCGCUGGUGUCGAUCCCAGGCAGCAAAAUUCGAAGUUGAAUUCAAAUAGCAAGUGCAGUAACCUACCAGAAACAGGAUCAUCAUGGUUCUCCGACCGGUAUACUAUCCCUCACCUGACCACCAACAAGCAGCAGACGAGAUGCAGUAUCGACCCCCGGACUCGCCUCCAGCUGGCCAAGAGAGUUGGAAAUCCCCCAAACCGCAAGAUGGUGGAUAUCAGGACUAUUCGCGAUCUCAGGAAUCACCCCCUUAUGCUGCUCAACAACCAUAUUCGCAGACAGGACCAUAUGCCUAUCAAGGCGGCGAGAGCGCAUCAUAUUAUGGCAACCCAGAGCAACCGCCCAUAUACAGACCAAGCCAAGGUUACAGUGAGUCUCCUCCACCACGACAGUAUCACGGAGUGCCGUAUCAACAAGAGUAUCAGCCGCCGUAUCCGCCUUAUCCACAAGGACCGUAUGGCUACGAGCAUUCAGUUGGGAGCCCAUAUGGCCAGACUUUGUCCGAAACACCCCCUCAGGGUCGCUUCGAUGCUACUGAUGUCAAGCCGGAAGAAGAGGGAAACCCCGCCGCAAAUGGCCCGCAGCGCGAAGAGGAACGCGGAUUGAUGGGAGCGCUUGCCGGCGCCGCCGCAGGUGGCUAUGCGGGCCACAAGGUACACCACGGCCUGAUCGGCACGCUGGGCGGCGCAUACGCGGGCCACAAGCUCGAAGAAGCGUACAAGGACCACAAGAAGCACUCGACACCACCACCACCACCACCGCCGCCGCCGCCGCCGCCUCAGUCUAACCACGACGCCCAGGCCAUGAGGGGCAACUUCUCCGCUAGCUCGACCGACAUCACGCUCGACCGCGACUACGACCUGAUUGCGCAGUGCGCAGACAUCCAGGGCCGGCGCAGACUGUCCUCCAUCUCGCUGAACAACGUCCUCACCAACGACGACGGCCGCUUCAGAUGGGUCGCGCCGGGCCAGGGCGCUGGCAACUUCGGCGCCAGUGCCAGAAACGUGCACCUCGCGGACGGCGGCCGAGUGCUCGAGGCUGAGUUGCGCCGCUGCGACGGCAGCUGGCGGCGCGACGCCAUCAGGCUGGACGAGCGCAUCGAGAACUCGGAUGGGGACCUGAGGCUGAUUUGAGAAGGGUGAGAUAGGCACGGACUCUUUUCUUUUUCCUUAUACGAAAACUAUGCGAUGAUUGUGCGUUACGAUGACCUUUAAAUUUCGUGAAGAUAUUAACGAUAUGUCUGAC